AUGUUUAAUGCAUGCAAAAUAAAUAGUAAUUGUUGUAGGGAAGAAAGUGAUAAAACGAAAAAAUGUAUGAUCGAAGAAAACCAAGUCCUGUAUGAUGAACAGUUAAUAGAAGAUAAUGGAGGACUUAAAAAAAUUAUAGAAGGAGAACCGGACCAGUCAAAAGCUGUAGAGAUCAGUCAACACACAGAGAGAGAAUACGUUGCUAUAACUGCGUACCAACCAGUUGAUAUUGUGACAAGAACGGUUGAAGUUCCCUUUGUUCGAACAAUUGAAACAACUGUCCCUAAAAUAACAUAUGAAAGUAAAAUUAGAGAAGUUCCAAAGUAUUAUUCCAAAAUAAUAGAAAAGGUUAUUGAAAUUCCAGAAGUGAAAUAUGUAGACAAAAUUGUUGACGUGCCAAGAAUUCAGUACUGCUAUAAAUAUGUCCCGAAAGUAGAAUUCAAAGAGAAUAUUAUAAAGAAACCAGUUUUCGAAAAAAAAAUUGUAGAAAAAAUUGUAGAAGUCCCAAAAGUAAAAGAAAUGAAAAGAUUUCAGGAGGUCGAGACAGUGGAAUAUGUUAUAAAGUACGUUCCAAAAAGUACGAAUGAGUAUGAAAACGAACAAAGGGAAAAGAAGGUGCAUAACAGAAAUGAAGAUUUAGACCGUGAAAUGAAAGAAUCUAAGGAAGAACAUAAAGAGGAUAAUGCACAAAAUGUAGAAAAUUUACAAAAUCAACACAAUGUGGAAAAUAUGGCAAGUUAUGAUUUGUACUCACCAAAAGAUAAAACAGAUGGUGCAAAGUUAAUUAGAACCAUUCCUACUGAUCUUAAUGAAAAUUUCUACAUACAUCCAAAAGUGUUACUUAAUGAGAAGAACAUGUCAACUGGUAUACAGGAGAUGUAUCCUUACAUCUUUACUAGGUCAUUGCAAAAUGGAGAAGAAAAAAAACAAGAUACUACUAUGCCUUCUUUUGGUUUACGUAAUGAGCUAUCAAUGAUGCAACUACAAGAAAAGAACAAUUCCAUUUUACACACACCUAGAAUUGAACAAGUGUUUAAACCAAAAAUUGUAAAAAAUAUAGAAGUACAAAAACAUGUUCCUAUUUCUGUUGAUGUUCCAGUACCUUAUAUGGUACCAAAACCUGUCGUUGUUAAUGUAGAAGUCCCUGUUUUGAAAUUUAGAGAUACAUUUGUGCCUGUACCAGUCAGAAGAAAAAUUAUACCAAAAAUUAAGUGGAUAUCAGAUGUUUAUCAAGUAGAUUGUAUAAAAGAAAGACCAUAUUUGAAAAUCCAGGAUAUCAUAAAACCAAUCCCUUGCGAUGUUGAUAUUAAAUAUUGGAAAUAUAUGGAAAAAGCGUGUGCAAUUAACCCGAAUGAGUUACCACAAGAUGAUGUUCACGCAAUGUGGAUGCGAGUUAAUGCUCACCUAGCUGAGAAAAAGAAAAAGGAGUAUGGCGACUUGUACCCAUAUUAUAGAAAUGAAAAUGGGGAAAUCAAUUUCAGCAAAGAGAAACAGGACGGAAGUGACAGUGAGGGAUACUCAGAGGAAGGAGGGGAAAGUGCUAAGGAAGAAUUUAACGAAAAUUAUGAAGGUGAAAGAGGAGCUGAGGAAAACAAAGAGUUGGAGAAAGAGAAUGAAAAUGUAGAAGAAGAUGAAAGAAAUGAGGAGAAGGCAGAAGUGGAUGAAAAUAACUAUAUAGUUUCAGAGGAAGAAGGAAACUAUAGAGGGGACGAGGACAUAAGUAAUAAGAAUAAAAUGGAAGAGAACAUAUAUAGAGAAAAUAUCCAAAUUGUUAGAAAUGGUAAUAAUAAUAUUGGCCAAAAUGAUACAAAAUGUAGUGGUGAACAAAAGAAACAAAAUGGGCAAGGAAGCCAAAACGAAGAGGCACAAAUUGAAUAUAAGGAAACAAAUAGUGAAAGGGGAAAAGUAAAUUCAGAAAAAAAUAUAUUUCUUAAUAAUAAAAAAAAUGAAACUUUGUAUACACAAAAUGAAGAUAAAAGCACUAAUGUAUGUUGUCAAAAUACGAAAUGCUAUGAUAAUAGUGCACAAAAAAAUGAAGAGAAAUGUAAUUUUGAAUGUAUGGAUGAAUUUAUAAAUGAAAUGAAAAAAAGAGAAAAUUUAGAGGAACAACCAAUUGCAUCUUUAUAUCCUUCUCACCCACUUGCUAUGACGUAUUUGCAGAACAAAUGGAUUCAUGCGGAUACCUUAAGAACACAUGAACUUUAUAAUGAUAAUUUUAUUAAAGCAAAUAUUAAUGCAAACUUCAAUUUACAAAGUGGAAAUGCUGUAGUUUCUGAUAUUAUGCGUAAUAAGGAUUUUUUACAAAGUGCUAACCCUAUUAUAGCUCCCUUCAGGCCUGGUAAUAUGAGACAUAUAGAAAAUUAUUACAACAAUGUGAUCAUUCAAAACAUAAGGGAAGAAAAUAAUAAAUUCCCGAAUAACAGAUAUAUUCAAAUGACACAGGAAAAGGAUGCCAUCAGAAUUCAAAUGAAUGAAAAUAUGAAAAGUUAUAGCAAAGGAGAAAAGAGCGAUUCGGAGGACAACCAAUGCUGUAACUAUUUUUGCAAAAACUGA